ACAAACCUUCGAUAAUAUACGCGUCUCUCAUGUCAGUGUACGUCAGGGCAUCUUGUUGCUUCGUCGACUAGCUUCUGUGCUUCUCGACUACAGCAGUACCGCUCGCCCAGACACGAACUUUAUCACCAUCCCAGCCGGAGAUCCCCGCUGCCGCCGCUGUGGGAUCGCAUGAUGCAUUCCCGUCGGCCGUAGCUUCACUUGCACGCGUCGUUGUUUGCCAUCGACCACCACUUCACCGACAGCUCACCCAAGCUAUCUAGCAUCAUUCUUUCAUCAAGUGUCUCUAAAAGCUACAUAGCUACACAGCUUCGAACAUUAUCAAUAUGCAUCUCCAAACUGCCCUUCUCGGACUUGUCUCUCUAACCUCAGCAUCCAACGUCGCAUCACCACAGCACCUCUUUGCGAACCCUCCAUCCGGCCAUGGUUCCACUUACAAGAUCCCAACUGUUCAUGAGUCUGCAGUUCAGGCCCGCAGAAUCAUGCGCCUAGAGAACAUUGGUACUCUUUCUACCGUCUUCCCCUCGACCCAAGCUACCGAACGACGCCCCUCAGAUGUCGGAGGCGCGCCUAUUGGUUUGAUGGAUUACUUUGGCGACUGCGAGCCCGAAACCGGUAAUCCGACAAUUCUCGCCAUUACCAUCGCCACGUCGUUCAAGAACGUCGACGCCGGAUCGAAUAUCACGUUGAGCAUGCGCUGGCAUCCGCAAGACACCAAAUGGCGCAGUCCCGCGUCGCUUCCCCGUUUCUCGCUCGUCGGACACUUGGAGGAUAUUGACGCUGAUGCUGUGGAGAAGGUGGGUAUGACGGCUUGCUACGUCAAGAAGCAUCCGGAUGCUGCCUGGUGGCUGCCUGGCAACAUGAUCCACGAGAGCAAGUGGGUAAGACUCGUCGUGGAGGAUAUAUACUGGAUUGGGGGCUUUGGAGAUCGCGCUUAUAUUGGCUGGAUCCCCAAGGAGGAGUGGUUUAGUGUCACCCCGGAAGAAAUUGAGGGCGUUCGAUUGCCCGGCGAGAAGAGUCAGAGUGCAUGGACCUCUGUAAAGAGUUGGUUUGGCCUUGGUAGCCAAGAACAAGAUGCUGGUGUUGUUGAGCUGUAGGUGGCACCUCAAAGUUGUUGAUGAGCUACACGCGUUAUACUUAUGUGGACAUCGUGACUUUUGGAAGGCGCGAGUUCUUGUUAAGUAAGUCGAGUCUGCAUUCAUAAUGACAUCUCAUAUCAGAUAAACGCGGAACCUCAUUCGAGUAAGCAUCACUAAGUAAAUCUAUAUCAAAUCGUGCUACAUGUUGGACCAGGCCAAAGGCAUUAAACUUAGGAGAUGUAUCAAGCCAUGUUCACGAAGGAUUCACCUUGCCUCGAACUUGGGAGUUGUGUGAGGGUUCGUUAGUCUAUACUCAACGCCAUCGUCCGCUCGACCUAGUACUAUACCAGUUUCUCUUGUCAGAGUCUUA